AUGCUACAAUUACUUAAAUCUCAUGCAUUCGCUAAAAAUAAAUUACACACUAAGAAAUGGAUUAUAGGACAAGUACGUGAAAGUAUCCGUCCAAUUCAUCCAUUAUUACCAGAACUUUUAGAAGCGCAUAUUACGCAUUCGUUUGGUUCGAAUACGAAUACAUCAUCUUCCAUGAAUGAUAUGCCUAGUAUAUCUGGUACUACUACUACCACUACUACUACUGGUAAUCAAUCAACAGCUUAUAUCAACUUAUCUUUAAUUUCUGAACAAGAAUUGAUUAAUGAAUUUACAAAUCCAAAAUGUUCUCAUUUCAUUCAAUUUUGUGCUCCAGGAUUCAAUAUGAAUUCAUUGAAUACAUCAGUGGAUAACUCUGUCAAAGAUUUUUCUAGCAUAUCUUCUGAAGGAGAAGAUUUUACACCACAGUUAUUAUUUUUAUACUACGCCUUUUUUGUUUAUGAUUAUCAGUUAUCUGCACGGUUAGCAGCUAAUCGCCAUCGUUUACCUGAUGAACCGUCAUGUGUAUAUUCUGACAAACUGUGGGAUAUAAUACCGAUUACAUAUCUUCUUCAGUAUGCUCGUGCCCACCUAUCCGAUUAUCGUGCUCUCUAUCCAAAAUUACUACAACUGGUGACAAAUCAUUUCCCACAAUUGACAAUGGGGGAAAUGAUGAUACAAGAUGAAUUAUUACUUGAUCCUAUAUGGAAAUCUGAACAUGAACCUGUCCGCUUAAUCAAUGCCUUAUCAAAUAGUGUCACAACAGAUACACUUGUAAUACCAUCAAGAGUAAUGCUAAAUCAAACGAUAAUCACUUGCCACUCAUCAUCAUCAUCGAAUUCAUCUCUUCACGGUUUAUCAUUAUUCAGUGAAGAGCAAUUAAAUGAAGCAUUUGAACAAGUCAUAUCACAAGUUUCAUGUUCCAAUGAACCAUCUACACUAAAAGAUCUGUCUGAAACAUGUUCACUAUGGAAAAAGCUUAUCUCCAUGAUUAAUCGAUUAAUACAAUCAAUGGAAUUAUUCGGUUUAGACUGUUUAUUAAAUUUUGGUACAGUUUUAGCUGAACAAUGCCCACGAUUAUUAUUAUUACGAGCAAAUUGUGGAUAUUUAAGUGUGAAUCGAAAGUUUACGCAUUCCCUAGAAUUGUUAUGGCGUCGUUUACACUUAAUUAUGCCAAGAAGAUUAGAAUUGAUCACUAUGAAUAGAAUAAGGUCGAAUGAUUCAACACAAUCAUCAUCAUCAUCAUCAUCGGAAAUGAAAAACUUUCCAAUCCCAUUAGAUCUAAUUAUUAAAGCGAAUACAUUAAAUUCUAAAAAGAAACUGUUGUGUAGCCUUGAUCUACGCGUUGAUCCAGUUGAAAAUGUUAUGAGCGAAGUGGAUUGGAAUGUAUUUCGAUGCCCAUCCGUUUUACGCUUAUUUCUACGUAUCCUUGAGUCAAGCCUUCUAGCAUCGAGGUCAUAUUGGGCACAUCGACUUAUUGACAGAGUUCAACCUGUACGUGGUAAUUCAACUUCAGUAAAUACAUCUUCAUCUACAAGUAUGCCAGCAAUGAUGAUGACAAUGCUUUCUUCAGUGAAUUCAAAUUGUGUAAAUGGAUCUCCUUCAACUUCAUCUUCACCCACCUCUUCUACUUCUCUGCCUACUUCUAAUUCCAAUGAUAUGUCGAAUGUUGAUGAACUUAAUUCAAAAUUUGUUAAUUCACCUAGGCCUAUUGACAUAGGCCAACAGACAACGAUGAUAUCAUCUACCACUGCUGUGUCUACUUCUUCUCCUGGAAUAACAUCAACAACUGGCAACACUACUGCCUCUAGUACAAUAUCUUCUAUACAAUCACUUACUGGAAAUAAAGUGGACAUAUCACCUCAGUUAUUAGUUAACAAUGAAGACUGUGAACGUCUUUGUACUAGUAUGCUGUUAACACAAGAUUCAGCUAUUGUUCAGCUACUCCUGGAAUACUGUUUACCAACAGAAGAAGAGAAGAAACUUGGCUCAGAGAUUAGUAUUCUACGAGAGAUACGCAUUAUAAUUUGUACAUUCAUUCAUUCACUAUUCAUUGCUCAACCUGUUCUUGCGGAGAUUAUUGUUUGGCAAACAUAUCCUCGUGCUUUGAUCCCAAUUAGUGCUCAAGCCAUUCCAUCUUUACAUAUCUGUUUGGAUACAGUAAUUGAUGUAUUCCGAAUGAGUGGAGAUUAUUCGAAAAUGGUCUUUUGUUUAGAUCUGGUCUCGCAUUUAGCUCAACAUUAUAAUAUCCAAGCCACUUUGGAUCUUAUUGUUAGUACAGAAGAGCGUUCAAAUCUACUCUAUGAAUGUCUACCAUCAUUAUUACGUUUAGGAAAAGGAUUCCCUAAUUUAGCGCCUAUCAUUUCACGUUUACUACUUUCAGUUGGAUUAAUGAUUGGUUGUACAUUAUCAGCUGAAACUCGUCUUGGAUUACAUAAUCAAUUUAAAACUUUAAAUUUAAAUUCACAUUCAGAGAUGAUGAUGAUUUGA